GCGCUCGGCUCGCCGCCGCCAGGGCUGGGCUCGGCAGAGGCAAGAUGGCGGACAAGGCGCCCGGCGGCUCCCAGAAACCCGCCGGGAAGGGCAGAGGGCCAGAUGCAGUACACACCACUGGAUCUGCUGAUUCACAUCCUCUAAUGGAAAGUAAACUUAAAGCCUUCAGUAUUGGCAAAAUGAGUGCAGCCAAACGGACUCUGAGCAAGAAGGAGCAAGAAGAAUUGAAAAAGAAGGAGGAUGAGAAGGCUGCUGCAGAAAUUUAUGAAGAAUUCCUAGCUGCCUUUGAAGGAGGUGACGGUGGUAAAGUGAAAACAUUUGUAAGAGGAGGAAUCGUUAAUGCAUCUAAAGAGGAGCAUGAAACAGAUGAAAAACGGGGUAAAAUCUAUAAGCCUUCGUCACGAUUUUCAGAUCAAAAAAAUCAACCAAGUCAGCCAUCGAACGAGAAGCCUCCAUCCCUCCUCAUGAUCGAAACCAAAAAGCCUCCGUUGAAGAAAGGAGAGAAGGAAAAGAAAAAGAGUAAUUUGGAACUUUUUAAAGAAGAAUUAAAGCAAAUACAAGAGGAGCGUGAUGAAAGACACAAAACAAAAGGUAGAUUGAGUCGUUUUGAACCACCCCAGUCUGAUUCAGAUGGGCAGCGUCGCUCAAUGGAUGCUCCUUCAAGAAGAAACAGAUCAUCUGGUGUACUGGAUGAUUAUGCACCAGGUUCACAUGAUGUUGGAGAUCCAAGCACAACAAAUUUAUAUCUUGGCAACAUUAAUCCCCAGAUGAAUGAAGAGAUGUUAUGUCAAGAAUUUGGACGCUUUGGACCAUUAGCGAGUGUUAAAAUUAUGUGGCCAAGAACAGAUGAAGAAAGAGCAAGAGAAAGAAAUUGUGGCUUUGUUGCCUUUAUGAACAGGAGAGAUGCUGAAAGAGCAUUGAAGAAUUUAAAUGGCAAGAUGAUCAUGUCGUUUGAAAUGAAGCUGGGUUGGGGCAAAGCUGUACCUAUUCCACCACAUCCAAUAUACAUUCCGCCUUCCAUGAUGGAGCACACCCUCCCACCUCCUCCGUCAGGACUGCCUUUUAACGCCCAGCCCAGGGAGAGAUUGAAGAAUCCUAAUGCUCCAAUGUUACCACCACCAAAAAACAAGGAAGAUUUUGAGAAGACUCUGUCGCAAGCCAUAGUCAAAGUGGUUAUCCCAACAGAAAGGAAUUUGCUCGCUUUGAUCCAUCGAAUGAUAGAGUUUGUGGUUCGGGAAGGGCCCAUGUUCGAAGCCAUGAUCAUGAACCGAGAAAUCAACAACCCCAUGUUCAGGUUUUUAUUUGAAAACCAGACUCCAGCCCAUGUGUAUUAUAGGUGGAAGCUUUAUUCAAUUCUUCAGGGAGAUGCUCCAACCAAGUGGAGGACAGAAGACUUCCGUAUGUUCAAAAACGGGUCGUUUUGGAGGCCACCCCCACUGAAUCCAUACUUGCAUGGGAUGUCUGAAGAGCAAGAAACGGAAGCGUUUGUGGAGGAACCGAACAAGAAGGGUGCACUUAAGGAAGAACAGAGGGACAAACUAGAGGAAAUUCUCCGGGGAUUAACCCCUCGGAAGAAUGAUAUUGGUGAUGCAAUGGUUUUCUGUCUAAAUAAUGCGGAAGCUGCUGAAGAAAUUGUUGACUGCAUCACAGAAUCACUGUCCAUUCUCAAGACUCCUCUUCCUAAGAAGAUUGCAAGAUUGUAUCUGGUGUCAGAUGUGUUAUACAACUCUUCAGCUAAAGUUGCCAAUGCUUCCUACUAUAGAAAAUUUUUUGAAACAAAAUUAUGUCAGAUAUUCUCUGAUCUCAAUGCUACUUACCGUACAAUACAAGGCCAUUUACAGUCUGAAAAUUUCAAGCAACGGGUAAUGACAUGCUUCCGAGCAUGGGAGGACUGGGCAAUCUAUCCAGAGCCAUUUCUGAUCAAACUACAGAAUAUUUUCUUGGGGCUUGUAAACAUCAUGGAAGAUAAAGAAACAGAGGAAGUACCAGAUGACCUUGAUGGUGCUCCCAUUGAGGAAGAGCUUGAUGGUGCUCCACUAGAAGAUGUGGAUGGAAUUCCUAUUGAUGCUGCUCCUAUUGAUGAUCUGGAUGGAGUCCCAAUUAAAUCGCUGGAUGAUGAUCUUGAUGGAGUUCCUUUGGAUACAACUGAAGACUCAAAAAAGAAUGAGCCUAUAUUUAAAGUUGCCCCUUCAAAGUGGGAAGCAGUGGAUGAAUCAGAACUGGAAGCUCAAGCUGUUACUACUUCAAAGUGGGAGCUUUUUGACCAACAUGAAGAAUCUGAGGAGGAGGAAAUUCAAAAUCAAGAAGAAGAAAGUGAAGAUGAGGAAGACACUCAGAGUUCUAAGUCAGAAGAGCAACACAUGUAUUCCAAUCCUAUUAAAGAAGAAAUGCCUGAAUCCAAGUCAUCGGUCAAAUACUCGGAAAUGAGUGAAGAGAAGCGUGCCAAACUCCGAGAGAUAGAGCUUAAGGUGAUGAAGUUUCAGGAUGAGUUAGAGUCUGGGAAAAGACCCAAGAAACCAGGCCAGAGUUUUCAGGAACAGGUUGAACACUAUAGAGACAAGCUGCUCCAGAGGGAAAAAGAAAAAGAGAUGGAAAGAGAACGGGACAGAGACAAAAAGGACAAGGAAAAGUCUGAGACCAGGUCCAAGGAUAAGAAGGAAAAGGAGGAAUGUACACCCACACGAAAAGAGAGGAAGAGGCGGCACAGCACGUCCCCCAGCCCGUCCCGCAGCAGCGGCAGCCGCAGAGCCAAAUCCCCGUCCCCCAAGUCGGAGCGCUCGGAGCGCUCGGAACGGUCCCACAAAGAGAGCUCCCGGUCCCGGUCAUCACACAAAGAUUCUCCCAGAGAUGUCAGUAAAAAAGGCAAGAGGUCACCAUCUGGCUCCAGGACACCCAAAAGAUCGAGAAGAUCACGAUCCAGAUCCCCUAAAAAGUCAGGGAAAAAAUCCAGGUCUCAGUCCCGUUCUCCUCACAGAUCUCACAAGAAGUCAAAGAAAAGCAAACACUGACAAUGUUAAUAUUUUUUAUGAUGCUGUCACUUACUGGAAAUGCGGUUUUGUUUUUGUGCCUGAACAGUCUGUUAAAAAACAAAAAAGCAUUCCUGAUUAUUUUUUUUUUUGUGAAUGCACGUGUAUACUCAUGAGUAUCGGCAUCUGUAGACCUGUCAUUGUUUUAUAUUGUACAAAUAUCUUCAUUGUGACUAUUUCCCAAAAGAAACAUUUUUGUGUUUAGAAGUUUCAUCAGAAAUGUGUGUAACUGAUCUGCUGGCAGUAGUGAUAUUUUGUUUUAGAAUGUUGUGACAUAGCAGAAAUAACUCAAAUGUUCCCCUUUUUGUAGCUUUGACAAUACGAAUUAGAUUUCAAAUAAAAUCUGAACAGAAAAUGAAGAUGUUGUUUUCUUGCCCCACUGGUGAUACAGAUCUCUAAGGGAAUGCAGAGUUUGUUUGGAAGUACCGUGUAUUUCAGACAGACUAUGGUGCUUGGACCUUUGAGUGUAGUGCAGUUCCUGUUUUCACUAGUUUGACUAUCCAGAUAAAAGCACCUUCUGAAUCCAGUGGAUGGGUUUUCUCUCCUGCUGUGAGAUUGUAUUCUAAGAGCAGUUGAACAGUCUGGUACUUACUCUGAUAAGCUUUACAAGUAAAUCUUUGCUUCCUAUUUCUCUGUUUUAAUUGCAGGGAAUAUUUGUAACACCAGAGUAAUGUUUUUGUUCGUUUUUCACAAAGGGCCUCUGCAGAGACACCUCCCAUGGCUGUGCAUGUACAGCACAUCCACCACGGCUCAGGAACAGGCCUAGUUCGUGGCACCCAUGGGGAACACUGAAAGGACAGCAACCCUGAGGCUCUCUGACUUCCUAGGUAUAGAUACAAUAAUUGCAACCUACAGGACACUCUUGUUUGCUAAAACUGAUUUUUACUCCAAAAGGACAGCUUUUACAUUAUUUUAUUGAAUUUAUUCCUCUGUUGUGGAAAUUCUUCAAAAUAGGAAAAAUUAACUUUUUUAUUACAUAUUUAUUAAUAUUUUGAAUCAAGAGGCUGUUUAAUUUUUUUUCUUUUCAUGAGAAAGGCUUUCCCUUCUCCAAACCUGUUGUGUGUGUUAGGCAUUGAUGUGGCUUUAAAUUACUCCACCCUGGUCUCUUGCCAUGCAACCUUUCCGUGGGUGGGAGAGGGGGAGGGAUGAGGAACGGGGAGGGUUCAGUGUUUAUAUGUGGAGGUGUGGGGAUAUUGUAAUAAAAACAUAAAAUUAAAGGGAUCUGGCCUCUCGUGAACUGUUUGUAAAAGCAGAAGCUGUGCUUCACUGCAGGCACAGAGUGCUGGAUGAGGGCCUGCUCUUACACUGGAGUGUCCACGGGCUUUACAUAGAGAUUUGUAAAUGUGCUGGGGAAAAUCUUGCCUUGUACUUGUAUAUAACUUCAUUGCAGCACUUUCAGAAGCAGGAUCUGAAAGGUCUUUGGGAAAAAAAAUAUAUUUUCUCUGUUUUUUUUUCUGAUGGGAGACAUAGUUAUAAGAUUAUAUAAAUUGUUGCAAAUGUGAGAAUUUAAUGAGAAUUCUCUUUGCUAAUGAGAACCUUGAGAUGAUCUGGAGCACUGAAAAUGUGGAGAAUGCAUGUGUACUGUGAAGACUUUCAUAGAAUGGGUAUUGAAUAGAUGCACUGAUAAUGAGAAAUUAAUACCCCUUUUAUUGGUUUGUAUUGCAUUAUAAAGACUGUUUCAGAAAUAUGCAGAGUUUAUUUUUUAUAUUUUUCUUUCUGCUGUAACAUAAGGUGUUUCAGAUGCACAGAUUUUGGUAGCUAAACUGUUAGAAACAGAAUUUUUUUUUCCUAAAUUCUGUGUAUUUGCACCUGGCACAGACUAGAUGAGGCUUUCUGGAGCAAAACGUAGGUACUAAAAUCAGUUGGGAACAGGGAGAAUCCUGGCUGCAGUGGGAAGUCAAUCACUUCAGAUCCAAUUAACUUCUUUAUUACUUUCAUCUUGUAGCUGUUUAUAAGUGGAGGAGUGAUAAAUGUCAGUGUUCUGGGUCAAGUGAGACUAAAGAUGGUUUGCCACAGGAAUAUUCUAUGUGCAGAAUCAAUUGUAUAUUUCAUUUAAUAGCUAAAAACCCUCAGGGUAGAAAAUCACUUAGCAUUUCAGGUACUUUUCAAUAAUUAAUUUUUAUUUCAGCUUUUAUAAAAUUCUCAUCAGUGAUUAUAAAAGACUUAAGCCAAGUAGCAAGAGAGCUAAAGGAGCACACCCAGUAGAUUUUAUUUGGUAAUCACUUUAUUAUGCAAGACCUUUUUUCAGUAUCUAUUUUCUAAAUACUAUUCUCGUACCUCUUGUUCUUUGCUUCAUAUCCUGGGCUCUAGAACAGCUGUUUCUUCACCUAAUAGUCUCUUAAGAGCAAUUAAGAAUCUGUAUCCCUAGCUGGAUGCCUGGUUUUUUGUCCUGUAGAAAAGAGCAUCUUUUGAUCCUCCUUACUCUGUUGAUUUCUUCCUUGCUUUUAUAGUUUUGUUUAUAGCUUGGCUUUUCCGCAAAGAAGAGCGUGAAGGAGACAGCAUCUGGUAACAAAUAUUUUGUAAAAUAUGCAAGUUAAUACUGAAGACUUAAAAUUAGGCUGCUUGUGCAAUUUAUUUUUCUUUAGGUCAUGUUGCAGUGACAAGGUACAGUCACAGUAUGCCAUUACUAUGUAACUUGUGUUCCUGCAGCCUUUUGGGGUGAAAUGGUGAACAGGGUAAUGUAAAUACUGAUCCUGGGAUUCAGGAAGUAGCAUUCAGAUGAAUCCUUGUGAAAUAAAGUUCUGACCUGGGGAGUUGUGGUCCCAGUGGUUUCUAUGGUUGUAGAGGAAGAGAGCCCAUUAUGCUGUGAGACCCCUCAGUCUGUGAGCGUCCAGCCCUUUGCUUUGGGAAGGGGAGGAGGCCUGAGUGGGUAACAGGCUUCUCUGUCCUCUCCUGCCCUAUGGAUGAUAGGAGAGGUAAAUAUUCAUGCACUAGGUUUAGCCAAAGCAGAGGAAGCAAGUUGCUACAGCUGAGUUCUGGUGCGGCUGAGAACCCCCCUGCCACCUGAAAGGCCCAUCUUGGAGUGGGGUCACCUUGGAAAAGGGAAUAUCCAUGGUGUGUUCCCAGACAUGUGUCUGACAUGUUUUGGUGAACCCUACUCCACACUCCAGGACAUCCCGAUGUUUAUGGAAAGGCCUUCUUGGCCCGUGGUUACAGGUACUCUCUUCUGAGCUGAGAGUGUGUCCAUAAGGCUUGCUCAGGCUCGGCCCUGACUGUGGGCCCUGUCCCAGUGCGGAAAAACUGCUUGGGGCAUAGAGUCUCCUUCCAACAAUUAAAAGUAUUUCCUCACCAGUGUUACAGAAGUGUUUGUAGUUGAACUGCCUUUUUUAAACUCUGACUUCCUUUGACUUCUGUGCACACCAGCUGCAUAUAUUUUUUGUGCUAUUUGAGGAAGAGUUGGUUUCUGAAGGUCAGUGUCAGACUAUUGUUUGGGCACUAGGCACGUGCAAUGUGGUCUCCCCCCACCUCCUCUUUGCAGGCUUUGAGGUGUGAGAAUCAACCACUUGGGAGCAAUGGUAACAGAAUAUGUUUUCCAAAGCAUCUAUUUAAACUAGCAAUGAUUGCUAUUGUGAGUUCACCUGUCCCAGUGACAUGAGAGUGACAAGUUUAUGUAACAUGACUUAAAAGGCAGGAUCUUGUGAUGACAAAAGCAAGAUCAGCCAAAAAUGGCAAAUCUGUUCUGACCAUCUUUGACCACUUCAGGCAGGUUGCUUGUGGGGUUUUCCUCCACAGGCAGGUACAGUGCUUUAGUGGAAUUAAUGCUUUUAAUAAAUAAAAAUUAGAAGCAUGGUUGUAUUGCUGCAGGUGGAUUAGGGUCUGAACUUGGUAUCUAAUUUUUAGAUAGGUGGCUUGCUGUGCUUUCAUACAGCUGUGUGAGGAGUUUGGGGAGGGACAUUUCCCAGCCAUUGCGGGUCUGCACUGAACACUUAACGUAAAUGCUCUACAGCUGAGACAGCAGCAGUGGGAUAACCUAGAUGAGAAUUCUACAGUCAUCCUCUCUUAAAAUCAGCUGCUCAGCAUUAUGAGAUUUAUCAAAUUACAAACCUAAUAUUGACAGUCAAACCCUGCAAAUUGUAUCAGAGUUUACUUUUCUGAAUAAGGCUGUUGAAUUCAUGUAUUUUAUUAAAGAAGCUCAUAAUAGUAUUUUAAAAUUUCUUUUUGUUCUCAUUGCUGCAUGAGCUGUUGCAAGACUUUCAAUUCUUUGCUGGUUCAUGCCGCUGCUGUAGCUGCUGCUCCUCAGUUCAACCACUCUGGUAAGAAUCAUAACUAAAAUGCUAAUUUAAUUUUGUCCAAAUCUCUUUCCCAUGUAGGAUGCAGAAGUCAUAAACAAUUGCAUACUAUUUUUUCCUCCACCUGCUUCUGUCAGCACAGUCAGUUUUCAUGGGUAAGCCUCUGCCAUUUGUCACUUCUGAUGUCUAAUCUUGUGCUGGGAUGUUCUAUGUAUAACUCUGUCAUAAGCUGUAAAGUUUUCUGUUUGUAGUUAUUUAGAGGGGAAAUGGUAGUUUCACAUGGCCUUUUUUGUCUUACUUGCUUUUGGGUUUGUAUUCUAUGCAGAAAUUUUUCCAAAUGACACGGCGACAAUAAAAUUGUCAGUUUGCUGAUAUCCAGAAA